AUGAGAUUUACCACACCAAGUACCAAUCCUCAAUCGUCAUACUCAUCAUCACAGCAGCAACAGCAGCAACAGCAGCAGCAGCAACAUCGGAAUCAGAAGCAACAUAAUUCUAGUAAAAAUAGCGAAAGAAAAUCAAAGCCUAGUAGAGUUAACCAUAGAGAUAGGGAAAGCAACCAAACUAGAUCUAGAAAUCGCCCCCACAGCAACCGCACCCCUCAACCCGGCAAGAAGAACAACAGCAGCAGCAACAGCUCACGAGGCAAACAGCGAUAUAACACCAAUAAGUUCGAAAGCGAUGCGGAGCUCAAGGAUUACAAGAGCAAGAUCAAGAACAAAUACAACAUCGAUUAUGAUCAUUCUUUGGAUGAAGAAUAUGAAAUAAUCGAGGCCAUCGAAUGA